AUGCGCCCCUGUACCGCCUCCUCAUGCUGCUGCCAGGCCCGUAAUCUGCCAUGGGCCCCUGUACCGACUCCUCAUGCUGCUGCCAGGACCCGUAAUCUGUCAUGGGCCCCUGUACCGCGCUCCUCCUCAUGCUGCUGCCAGGUCCAGAGUGUGUCAUGGGUCCCUGUACGGCCUCCCAUUUGCUGCUGUCUCUAUCGCCACACUCUGCCAUGUGCCACUUUCAGGUCUCCUCACACUGCUGGUGGUUUCCAUUUUUUUGUCAUAGGGUGCUGUAUGGCCUCCCAUUGCUGCUGCCUCCACCGCCACACUGUGGCUCCACACUCUGGUUUUGGCCCCGUGACUGCCCAAAUGAGUGAAGUGUGCGGUGAUUCUAAGAUCGACGGCACUCAUCUGCAUGUCAUACUGACUGACAGUAUUAUUUCUCUUCCCCAGCAGACUCCAAGGGCAUUUAAAUUAAAGGUACAGUGUUCUGCACUAAUAUUA